UCUCUUUGUAUAAUGGAAGCUCUCAACAGGUCACAACAACCACAAGCAAUGGUAUCAACUUCAACUCCAAAGCUAGAGGACUUCUUUGGCGGUGCAACCAUGGGGACCCAUCAUUUUGACAACAAUGACAGAGAAGCUAUGGUUCUUAGCUUAGAUAGUAUGUUCUACAGUCAAAACCCAGACCAACAGCCUAACAACCAAAAUUGCUUGGAUCAUUUUCAACCGAACUCUAGGCACCAAGAACAGCCACAGCAGAUUCAGGAGCAACAGUAUUCAUAUUACUCUGGCUUUAGAAGCCAUGAUAUGAUGUUAGGUGAGGCUAGGGAGAACCAGUUUGCAGAUUGCAGUCUCCAGCUUCCAACAGUGGCAGAUGAUGGGGUUCCUGGCAUGAAGAACUGGAUCUCGAGGAACUAUUCAGCUAAUCAUUCAGUGGAGCAGAAGAUGAUCGGUUGCAUGGGUGACAAUGGAGGUGAAUCUGGGACCAUUGGUGCUGUGGCAUAUGGGGAUUUACAGUCUCUGAGCCUUUCCAUGAGUCCUGGCUCCCAAUCAAGCAGUGUUACAGGUUCACAGCAUGUCUCACCCACUGUGACUGAUUGUACAGCCAUGGAUACAAAGAAACGAGGGCCUGAAAAGGUGGAUCAAAAGCCAAUUGUUCAUAGGAAGUCCUUGGAUACAUUUGGGCAGAGAACCUCCCAAUAUAGAGGUGUUACAAGGCAUAGAUGGACUGGUAGAUAUGAAGCCCAUUUGUGGGACAACAGUUGCAAGAAAGAAGGCCAGAGCAGGAAAGGAAGACAAGUUUACCUGGGGGGUUAUGACUUGGAAGAGAAAGCAGCAAGAGCUUAUGAUCUUGCGGCACUCAAGUAUUGGGGACCCUCCACUCAUAUUAAUUUCCCUUUGGAAAAUUAUGAAAAAGAACUUGAAGAAAUGAAGAACAUGACCAGACAGGAGUAUGUUGCUCAUCUAAGAAGGAAAAGCAGUGGAUUCUCUAGGGGAGCUUCAAUGUACAGAGGAGUAACAAGACACCAUCAACAUGGACGAUGGCAGGCUCGUAUUGGCAGGGUUGCGGGGAACAAGGAUCUUUAUCUGGGGACAUUUAGCACCCAAGAGGAGGCAGCCGAAGCCUACGACAUUGCAGCUAUUAAGUUUCGGGGGGUUAAUGCUGUUACUAACUUUGACAUAACACGGUACAAUGUGGAACGCAUCAUGGCAAGCAGUACCCUCCUUGCUGGAGAACAAGCUAAACGAAACAAAGAGACAGGAUCGACAAUUGAGGUUUUGAACAAUCCUUCUAUUGAUAGUAGCAACGGGGAAGCCUUUCUAUCACAGAAGAACAAUGAAUGUGAAUCAGAUUGGAAAACGGUUAUCAAUCAGUCCUCCCAGGAACUUAAUUACAAGCCACUAAAAUUUGAAAAUUACAGAACUCAAUCUUUCUCAAUGUCCUCACACAAUAUGAUUCAGCAAGAGGUAGAAGACUCAACGAAGAUGGGAGCUCAUGUGUCAAAUGCUUCAUCUUUGGUGACUAGUGUAAGCAGCUCAAGAGAAGGCAGCCCUGAUAAAACUAGUCUACCAGUGCUCCUUGGAUUGCCCCCAACUGCGUCCAAGUUGUUCACUAGUCCAACUGGUGCUGUCAAUUCUUGGAUCCCAUCAGCUCAACUAAGGCCUGCACACUCGGUGCCUCACAUGCCAGUUUUUGCUGCUUGGUCAGACACAUAGGCUGUUGAUAAAACUAGCAUAUGUUUUUGCAUGACACAACGAGAGAGAGGUUUCAUGAGGGUUAUCUUAGUGGAGAUAAUUGGGUUUAAUGGAGGUUUAGCCUUCUUUUCGGAACAAGAAUUUUAAAAUAUUCAAAGUCAUCUUUUUAGUCUUAUCUUAUGUAGUAGGUCUUUAUAAAAAGGAAAAUGGUGGAGGGAAAGUUUUAAAGAUAUUAUGAUGAAGUCUAUAUGGAAUGAUUGUAGCAAUAUGGGAUGGAUGACCUACACACCCAUAAUUUGGUCCAGCUUUAUUGAUCAUAUUAAGUACAGAACCCGCUCAGAUUAUGUCCCAGCAA